GUUGACCUAUAAUAGAAAGAAAAAUUAUUUUUAUUUUGCAGAAUUAACUAUGUUUUAGUAAACUUGUAUUCGAGCUAUUGAAGCGGAAGUUAGAAGUCGAGCCACCUUAAUCAUUCGGUCGCUCGCACUUUCUAUGCACCUGUGUUCUUAUAUCAUAUUCGUUUCUCAAAAAUGUCACAUUUUUGCAAUAAUACUGUCUCAAGAUUACGUUUGAAAUGCAAUUUAUGUAGUUUUGGGUGAAAGAUUAUCAUCUAGAAACUCUCGUUGCACUCUUACGCUCUUAAAUAUUCUCAACUCUUCUGAGUACAACAGACAGCAUGCAAACUUUUAUCCCAUUGAACAAACACAGUUAUCAAAAGAAAAGUGUUCCGAAAACGAAUGUCAAGCCGGUUUUUGUCAAAAAAUAUCAUCGAAGGGUGUGAAAAAUCUUCGAAGGUCACUCUUAAUUUUUCUUAACGACAAAUAAUGGAAGCUUUGAUUCACUGAAGAUUGAUUUAACAAAGUCUUUCCUAAACACCUCAAAAAUAUUAGUAUGCUAGUUUAUACACUGAUAGAAGCUAAAUUUUUAAUUAUUGAAGCAAAAAUAACAGUUCACACCAGCACUGACAAGAAAUAACAAUGAUAAAAAAGGUCUGCUUGGAGCAGACUUUUGUCUAGUCUAGAACAGAUUCUGUUAUAGUGUAUUUCAGAAUAAGUUGGUUCGACAGAUAUUUAUAUAUAUUUACACGUUUCAUAUACAAAUAAAGAUGCUUAAAACAAUUAAAACCAGGAUAAAGUGGUGUAAUCUGUCUCGAAUUUUACGAUGUAAAAUGUGGCUAGCUAAAAAUAAACAUAAAUACCCAUUUAAUAUCUGAGACAAUUCGAAUUGAUUGAUGAAAAAGCAUGGGUUUUUUCGAUUUCUAGACAAAAAUAUAAUAGUCCAACUACAUUUCGAAUAAAGUAACAAUGAAGACUGAACUAUUGGCUGAUAUAAAAUGUGUAGUCGAUUGUCUAGAGCAAACUUUUGUCACCAAAAUAACACGUCACACAAGGUUGUGUAACUCUACAUUAGAAAGUUACAAGCAUUUCUCAUGAGAAACUUUUCUGACUUUCAGCUUUCCUAAUGCUCAGUUAGUUUAGGCGCUACAGAGCUCAGAAUAGCUUUCUUUUGUAGAGAAGUUUUGUCGCUUUGAAGGUACUAAACCGAAGCUUUUUCAGUUUUCUUUCGGAAGGUAAGAAAAGCGAAGAGGGUUUUGACGAACAUGUGUCACGUUCAUCAGUAACACAAAAUUCAAAAACUUAGCAGUGUACAGCCAAACGAUAACGUUUUUCCACGCAAUGAAACCAUCCUGAGUCCUGCAUGACCUAAACUGCCUAAGAUUUUGAACAACCUUAACUGCUCUACUUUGACUAUGGUUGUUAGCGUAUCUUUCGAAUAGGUUCACAGAUCAUUUUGAAAGUUUUUGCUGUGAGCUGCUACUGGUAUGGCUGAUGCUCUCUGUUAGGAUUUGGACUUGAAUAAAGGUUAUACAGGUUUCUCACAAGAGAGGCCCUUGAGAAAAUUUUUACCUCUCAUACAUCACGAUCCAAGUGAACUGUCCUUUCAAAAGUAUAAAUUUAAAACAUAAAUAAGAUAAUUUAUCUUCUUGUACUUAAAAGAUGAUUUGUUUAUCAAAAGUGAAGUAUGUUUUUUCUACUGAAGAAGCGGAUAUAGAAAAGAAAGCAAAGGUAUCUAGACCGCUAUCUUAUGGACACGUUCAAUACUUUAGAUUUUUUUCGACAAGAUAAAAUACUGAAAAAGAGAAAACGAACUCUAAGAUUGUUUCUAGGAGCGUAUCAUUUUUAGAACAUUCGGACGUCCUAUAAAGACGUGAAAUACAUUUAAAAUACUAAUUCAGAGAUUUUGUUAAAAUGCAUGCGCUCCGAUGCUCAUUAUGUUCUAAUACCGAUUCACAGAUCAGUAAUUACUUAUGUGACGAAUGCAAUGAUCUGGGUCGGUAUGAGUUUUUCCAGCAUUUCCUAAUAAAACUACAGUACAAUAAGAAUUUUCACACUUUUCAGCGAAUUUGUCAAACGAUUUAUCCAGCAUUGGUCAAAUUUCCCUUUAACUUUAAACCAAUACAAUAUUUUGACCCGCAGGUACAUCAGCUAGAUAUUAUUUCCCAACAAUACGUUGCACUGUGUGAAGAUACUGAAGGCGAGACAAAGUACUUUUCAAAUAAUGAACAACAAUUAAUUGCCUUAGAUGUAAAAGGUGACGGUAAUUGCUUGUAUCAUUGUAUAACAUUACUUGGUGAAAUGGCGAACCAUUAUACUGUCGAACUUCGAGUACAAAAUAUUAUAGAAUUAGCAAUGAAUGCCGAUGCGUAUCUACAAUUUUUUAAACUAUAUGAUACAAAUCUAAAAGCCUAUAUCGUAAGAUCAAUGUUAUACGAUAGACGAUGGGCCGAACCAUGGGAUUUGUUCGGUUUAUGUACAGUUUUGAACUGCAAUAUUCGUUCAGUUUUUCCCAGUCUCAAUACAUUCACUAACAUCCAUCCAAGUGCUCCACCACAAAAGGUCAUGAAUAAAACAUUCAAACCACGUCAGAAUAUAGCAACCAAUACGAUUUUAAUUAUGUGGUGGCGAGGGAUAUCUCCAGAAGACUGGAUUUUAUACUCUACCGAAGACAUAUGGGCUCCGAAUCACUAUGUUCCACUAAUAAAACCUCGUGUAAGUCUACAUUUAAUACUGCUAAUUCUAAUCGUUAACGAAUAUUUAUUAAAUUUAGUCCUUGAAUACGACAUCUUUGAUAUCUUAUACAAUGAAAGUAUGUUUUAA